AUGGUUGUGGUUCCAAAGACUAGGAAAACUUAUUGCCCAAGAUGCGAUAAACAUACUCCACAUAAGGUUUCUCAAUAUAAGAAAGGAAAGGAUUCACUCCAUGUCCAAGGUAAGAGAAGAUAUGAUCGUAAGCAACAAGGUUUUGGAGGUCAAACCAAGCCAGUUUUCAAGAAGAAGGCUAAAACUACUAAGAAAGUUGUCUUAAAGAUCGAAUGUACUAAAUGCAAGUAUAAGCUUCAAAAAUGCUUAAAGAGAUGCAAGCACUUCGAACUUGGAAAUGAAAAGAAAGACAAAUAA